CUCAUCCACCAUCAUCAGUCUCCACUCUUUGAUCUUGGGCUUGCUGCACGCAUGCGCCUCUCAUUGGCUCCUCUGCACUGUCUGGAGUAAGUUGGAUGUGCGCUCUCCUCACUCGCAUCCCGAAACCGCCUCAAAAACUGUUGCGAUGGGGAGGUUCAGGAAAAACCACUUUGGGAUUUUGACUUUCUCGUUACUAGUGACUUUUGUCUGGACUCAAAGCGUCAAAGAUCUCAAAGAUCCGAGCAAUAUGCCUCUGGUAAAAGAAACAGUGGACAGACUGAUGAAAGGAUACGACAUUCGGUUGAGGCCAGAUUUUGGAGGUGCGCCGGUUGCCGUGGGGAUGAAUAUAGACAUAGCCAGUAUAGACAUGGUCUCUGAAGUCAAUAUGGACUACACCUUGACAAUGUACUUCCAGCAGGCUUGGCGGGACAAGCGUCUGUCCUACUCUGAGAUCGCCUACAACCUGACGCUGGAUAACCGAGUGGCGGAUCAGCUGUGGGUGCCCGACACAUACUUUCUAAAUGACAAGAAGUCCUUCGUUCAUGGCGUCACUGUUAAGAACAGGAUGAUCCGUCUGCACCCUGACGGCACUGUGCUUUAUGGACUCAGGAUCACCACAACUGCAGCCUGCAUGAUGGACCUGCGCCGCUACCCUCUAGAUGAGCAGAACUGCACUCUGGAGAUUGAAAGCUAUGGCUACACAACAGAUGAUAUUGAGUUUUACUGGCGGGGUGGAGACGGCGCUGUGUCCGGGGUCGACAGAAUAGAGCUGCCACAGUUCUCCAUUGUUGAUUAUAAACUCAUCUCUAAGAAUGUGGUCUUCUCUACAGGUUCCUACCCCCGCCUGUCCCUCAGCUUCAAACUGAAGAGGAACAUUGGUUACUUCAUCCUGCAGACAUACAUGCCUUCAAUCCUGAUUACCAUCCUCUCCUGGGUCUCUUUCUGGAUCAACUACGAUGCCUCGGCUGCCAGAGUGGCCCUGGGGAUUACAACGGUGCUGACCAUGACCACCAUCAACACCCACUUGCGAGAGACGCUCCCAAAGAUCCCCUACGUCAAGGCUAUUGACAUGUACCUGAUGGGCUGCUUUGUGUUUGUCUUCCUGGCCCUGCUGGAGUACGCCUUCGUCAACUACAUCUUCUUCGGCCAGGGCCCCCAGCGACAGAAGAAGGCGGCUGAGAAAGCAGCCACGGCCAAUAAUGAGAAGCUGAGACCCGACCCCAAGUGGCUGGUGGGAAAUGUAGUUCAGAGAGAUGAUGCUCUGUAUGCCAGAAUGAAACAGAGGGAAAUUGACGCAUAUGACUCGAUGUGGGAUCCCAUCUUUGUGGACGAUGCCGCAUUAGGACUAGGCGAGCAAAGAAAUAAGAUGACUCCCGACGACAACAUCCUGUUCAGCACCCUGGAGUUGAAAAACGAGAUGGGUGGUGGUGGGGAUCUGUCCCGGGGCCUAGGAGCACCCGGAGACCCCCGCAACACCAUGCUGGCCUACGAUAGCUCGACGCUGCAGUACCGCAGGGCAGCCAUGGCCCGCCAGAACUAUGGCCACAGCGCAUUGGAGCGCCACGCCCAGAAGAAGUCACGCCUACGGAGACGGGCCUCCCAGCUCAAGGUGAAUAUCCCAGACCUGUCCGACGUGAACUCUAUCGACAAGUGGUCCAGGAUGAUCUUCCCCACCGUCUUCUCCUUCUUCAACGUCGUCUACUGGCUCUACUACGUCCAUUAAACCCCGCGGCGUCCGGUGGCCAGCCUGAAAAGAAGGGGGGGGGGGGAGAGAAGAGGGCGAUUUAGAUGAGAGUAAUGAUGGAAAGUUGAUGAGAGAGAGAGAAUAAGGGAUAAACAGUGCACCAACACUUUUUAGCUGGUUCACUUUAGAAAAAGUGAAGAGAAUGCAAAUACUUUUGGAUGGACUACGGCAGCACCCAACACUUCAGGCAGCAGUGACUCUUUUAGGAUUUGGGAAACACCUUAAAACGUCUGAUAAACACUCGAAAAAGAAGAGCGACUUUUAAAAAGACAGAAAUGGUGCCUGUUCCAGAAUUUCAAUAUAUCACUAAUAUUUGUCAUUCGUAGCUUACUCUCUGUGGAUCAAAUAUUUAUGCUUGUGUUUGCAUAUACUUUAAGGAUUUGUUUUGUUUAGUAUCUAUUUACUUCGUAGCCGAGCUGUCUGCAUCCAGGAAAGCUUUAUAAAUGAUUUUAAAGGAGUCAUCCUUGAUAGUCUAUUUUCCUAUAAUUACUGUAUAUCAAAAACAUCCUUUAAAAGCAUGCUUAUGUUUGAUUUCAUUUGCAUCUCAGUCAUGAUGAUGAAGGAGCGCAAAGCAUUUUAGUUUCACUUUGAGGUUAGUCUGUCAGUUAAUAUAUUGCAGCUUUGGCUUAGGACGGCCCCAUGGGUGGAUGUUUAAGAGUCGCUGGGUGACAACAGCUGGACAGCAGGGAGCGAUAUUUUCUCUGGACAUCCCUGUGGGGCUUCAAUGGUGCCAAUGCUGAACAGAAAAAGCUUCCUCAGUUGUUGAAGGUCUCAUGUUAUCCGGUGAAAGAGCGGGACUGUUGGACACUGACGCUUUGGCCAAGUUUUUGUUUUGCUUUUGCUGUGCUGACAGAAUCAGUUCCAUUUCACCACCUGUUAUUUUUUUAAAGAGAACAUUUGACUCCUCCGUACUUUCUGCCAUCGUGUGAGGAGCUUCAGAGGGGGAGAAUGGCUUUAACACGACUCAAGCUGAUGUAAGAACUUUGCUGACAGAUGAGCUGAGUUUCAUUGCAACCAGAGUUGCUGCAUAAAUAUGGCAAUCCACAAUCAUCAUUAUCAGUAGAUUUGAAUGAUAGAAGUAUGAUGCGUUUCAUUGUGAUUAGGUUUCUGUUUUGAAAAACUGUAGAUAAACAUAAAUCAUGUUUAAAGAAAAAGAGAUAAUUCAUUUUUAUAAAUCAAUACUCACAUUAUUGUGUAAAUAUUAUGGAUUUAUUCUAUUUAAAUGGGUCUCUGUUGUUGUUUUUGCAGUUGAAUUACAGAUCAAAUGUUCCAUUCAGUCGAGAAAAAAAAAAGAAAAAGAGCAAUUUAACUGAGGAAAAAGAAAAACACAAUUCAUAACUUUGCUGACUCUGUACUUUUUGGACUUUUCUCUCUUUUCUUUCUUUUUAAUGGACUCUAAAAGCAUCUACUUGCUGAAACUAAAGCACUUCCAGACACCAGUGACUUUUGGGUCAAUGUUUUGUUCUCCAGAAAUGGCUAAACAAGGACCCCACUAUCCAGGCAUUGAAGUCAGGCAUAUUUUGUACAAAGUUUCUGUAAAUUCCAAUUGUAAUAUUUCAUAAUGACUGUAAAUAUCUUGUGUAAUGAUUGUCAGCAAUUAUGAAGAUGUAUCUAAAUUCAAUUAAAACUCAAUUCAGUCUAUCACUU